CCAAUCUAACGCAGUACCUUACGAGACCCCAUCGAAGCUAGUUUCGAAUCUCAUCGCGCGCCGGCGGAAAUCCCAACGUGUUCAAGAUAUAAUAAAUAUUCCUGAGAGUACCUGAAGGUGCGACUGCAGCGAAAUUUUCUCACCCCAGACCAAAAAGUGUGAGGUCAUUUCCAUCGCCUACUGCUGAGUGCAUUCGAGAAACCGUCGUGAAUCGUGAAUCGGUUACAUACUGCAGUCAGUCUAGUAAUCCUUGGAAAAACAAAAAGGAAGCACAAGAAGCUGAUUAGGUCAUCAGUGGCUAGACAGUAGGCGCCUACUCGGAUCGAUUAUUUCUCAUCAAGAAGAACUUCAACGAAAAUGUUCAGCGGAUUCACAGGAGGUGCAAAAUCUUCCCUGAAGAGCCUUGGCAGCAAGGCCGAAGGUCUUUUCGACAAGAAGAAGAAGGAAGCCCAGGACAUGGCCAACGAGAAGGUGCAAGCCGCCCAGAGCAUUGCCGAAGACCAGGCCAAGAAGACGCAGGACGCUUUCAACCAGACCAAGCAGGAUGCGGAGAACUUGGCCAGUUCGGCCAAGAGCGAAGCUGAGGCCACCAAGCAACAGGCAUCGGCCGCUGUCGAAGGAACCGCCCAAGCCGCUGGUACGUUAAUGGACCACGCCAAACAGGCCGCCGAGAAUGCCGUCCAGCAGAGUGCACAGGUCGUCGAGAAGGCCAUCGAAGACCAGAUGAAGGUCGCCGAGGAGAAGAUUGAUGAGGGCAUGAAAACCGUCAGCAAUGAGGUGGACAAGAAGCUUCAGGACGCUAACAAAUUUGCCGAUGAAAAGCGUGGCGAAUUGGUGCAGAACGUUAACGACGCCGCCACCAAGGCCCAGGAAUCCGCCACGUCAACGGCCACCAAUCUGUUGGGUAAAAUGAACAUUGGAAAGUAAAUCGUCCAGCUCGUACCAUACCCACCUGGUCCCGUGUGAAACACAGCCGAAGAUUCGAAUGGAUAAUCCAACUCUACUGAGUCUCCAACAAUGAUAUUACUUAUAGGAAAAAUGAUCUAAUAUAUAAGAGAUACUUGUUGCCGCUAGGGCAAAUGCAGCUUCAUACUCUACCUUCUAAGAAUUUUUACUUAUUAAAAACUUUUGGAAUAAAUCCACUUAUUACACAGAUACAGAAACACACAAAAAGCACAAGAACGCGUUUCACCAUUUUCGCGCUUGGUAAGCGACAGCAAGUUCAAAGCAGAAGGGCCUUAAAUUUUAACGUUCAAAUUGAUAUUGCGUGAAUCUCAACCCGCGCUAGCCUACCGAGCAAAAAUACGCGAUGCAGAAGAUAGAUAGACACCGACAAACUUGAUCGAUGGAGAUAUAUUUCGCAGAAGCUGCAGAUUUUCGAAACCUUGAAACACUUUUUCGCGCCAUUUUUGACUUUUGAAAAGUUUAUAGAACGGAAUUUGAGAGCUUUACAUCAAUGUUUACUUCUUUAUGAUAAAAAAAAUAGUAGAUUCUAGCAGACACACAAACAAGAAGAAAUCCGUUACAAGCGGUGAUAUAUGAUGUUGAAAUAAAUGUUACCGAACCAA